GCAGCCCCGGAAAGCUCACCGACGGCUAUCCAUUAGAGCCUCUGAUCAUGCCAUCCAUCAUCCCGAGCUUGUUCGGUCGCAGGACGAACAAGCUAAGCGCGCAGGAGCCCCUUUCCGGCGACAUCUGGGAGCCUCUCGGAGGCUUCUCGUUCGCUACCACCACACUGGCGGUGUCUCCGCACGAGACGGCGGACAUGGACUGGAAGGAGACUCCCGAUGCGCAUGUCUUCAUCACUGACCUCCCGGGGGUAAGGAAGGAGGAGGUGAACGUGGAGGUGGAGCAGGAGAAGGUGCUCAAGAUAAGCGGGCGGCGGGUCAAGGAGAGCGAGGAGAAGGGGGACAAGUGGCACCGCGUCGAGCGCAGCGCCCACAAGUUCUGCCGGACUGUGAGGUUGCCGCACGACACCAACACGGAUGGCAUGAAGGCGAAGCUGGAGAACGGGGUGCUCACUGUGACUCUGCCCAAGGAGCAAGACAGGAAGGCCCCAGUAAGGUUCCUUCAGAUUGAAGGCUAAGAAAUCUCUUGAAAUAUGCAUGCAUGCAUGCAAUGAAGUGAUGAUAUAUGUUGGUGUGCUGCCUGGUAUCGGAAGGAAACCCUAGUUGGCAGGUUGGACAAUAGUGUAUGCAGUAUGAGAUGGAGAUAAUAUAUCUUAAAUAAGCUCUUUGUAGUUUUCUGAGCACUCAAAGUCAGCAACAAGUAACUAAUGUACACUGUCAGAUCUCCCACUCUGUUUGAUCUAUAGAUGCAAAUUAACAUCA